GAAGAGGGUCUUACCAUAGUUAGAUGACAAGAGGAUCUGCCUGAAGCUGGGGUUCAGGGCAUGGUCAUGCUCUUACAGAGACUCCUUCUGAGGGCUGCAGUCACCCAGGACUUCUGCACAGCGUGGGGGGGAUGAAAUCUCAUCUCUCCAAAUUGCCUGAGAGUUAAAGGCAGCCCGGUCACAGGGACAGUGACAAUGGUUCUUUCACAUGAGACACAACAGUGACAUUGCUCCGUGUUUACUACUGAUGCGAUGAAAAGGAAAACCCCUCCCGGUAGCGACUGACCUUUUUUUUCAGUGAAAUUCCAUUUACAGGACCUGUCAUGUCACCCUUUCUUCGGAUUGGUUUAUCAAACUAUGACAGCGGCCCCUAUCUGCCAUCACAAGGGGAAGUGAUUAAUCCUUACUGUGCCGUGGUAGUCAAAGAAGCCGAGGAAUCAGAGAAUGGACAAGUGUACGUCCAAAAGAAGCCCACCAUGUACCCACCUUGGAACAGCACCUUCGAUGCCCAUAUCAACAAGGGCAGGCUCAUGCACAUUGUUGUGAAGGACAAAAGUGCAGAAAUGGUUUCAGAAACCACUGUCGAACUCAAUGUACUGGCAGACAAGUGCAAGAAGAGUAAUGGGAAGACGGAAAUAUGGCUAGACUUGAAACCUCAAGGGAGAAUGCUAAUGAGUGCAAGAUACUUCCUGGAAAUGAGUGAUGCUAAAGAGCUGAUUGAUUGCGAGACAGAGGGGUUUUUCUCCCUGCACCAGCGCCGAGGAGCUAUCAAGCAAGCCAAAAUUCACAACGUCAAAUGUCACGAGUUCACCGCCACCUUUUUCCCGCAGCCCACGUUCUGCUCCGUCUGCCAUGAGUUUGUCUGGGGUCUUAACAAACAAGGCUACCAGUGCAGACAGUGCAAUGCGGCCAUUCAUAAGAAGUGUAUUGAUAAAGUAAUAGCUAAGUGCACAGGGUCAGCAAUCAAUAGCAGAGAAACUAUGUUCCACAAGGAGAGGUUUAAGAUAGACAUGCCUCACCGGUUUAAGGUUUACAACUACAAGAGCCCGACGUUCUGCGAGCACUGUGGCACGCUUCUUUGGGGCCUGGCGAGGCAAGGGUUAAAGUGUGACGCAUGUGGCAUGAACGUCCAUCAUAAGUGCCAGACGAAAGUGGCCAACCUUUGUGGAGUGAACCAGAAACUCAUGGCCGAAGCGCUGGCAUUGAUAGAGAGCACCCAGCAGGCUCGCUGUUUGCGUGAUACGGAACAGAUCUUCAGAGAAGGACCUAUUGAAAUCGGCCUCCCAGUUCCUAUGAAAGAAGUAACUCUGCUUCAGGCUGUGCCAGCACCUGCAACUGGAAAGAGAGAGCCGCAGGGAAUUUCCUGGGAGACCCCAGUGGAAGACGUGACAAGCCCCGAGUCUAUGAUAGAAUCAGAACCAGGGAAGGACCAGCCGUCUGAGCAGCUGAAAUUAACAAUCGAUGAUUUCGUCUUACACAAAAUGCUGGGAAAGGGCAGCUUUGGCAAGGUCUUCCUUGCCGAGUUGAAGAACGCAGGUCAGUUUUUCGCUGUGAAGGCUCUGAAGAAGGAUGUGGUGUUGAUGGAUGACGAUGUUGAAUGCACCAUGGUGGAAAAGAGAGUCCUCUCCUUAGCUUGGGAACACCCGUUUCUAACCCAUGUAUAUUGUACGUUCCAAACCAAGGAAAACCUCUUUUUUGUAAUGGAAUAUCUAAAUGGAGGAGACCUCAUGUUUCAUAUCCAAAGCUGUCACAAGUUUGAAACCGCCAGAGCAACGUUCUAUGCUGCUGAAAUCAUUUGUGGUCUACAAUUUCUUCAUUCAAAAGGAAUAAUCUACAGAGAUUUGAAGCUAGAUAAUGUUUUGUUAGACAAGGACGGGCAUAUCAAAAUCGCUGACUUUGGGAUGUGUAAGGAGAACAUGUUUGAAGAUGCAAAGACGAGCACUUUCUGCGGAACCCCAGAUUACAUUGCUCCCGAGAUUUUGCUGGGGCAGAAAUACAACACUGCGGUUGAUUGGUGGUCGUUUGGCGUCCUUCUGUAUGAGAUGCUGAUUGGCCAGUCUCCUUUCCAUGGUCAAGAUGAAGAGGAGCUUUUCCAGUCCAUCCGCAUGGAUAAUCCAUUCUACCCUCGCUGGCUCAACAAGGAUGCAAAAGACAUCCUAGUGAAGCUUUUCGUGAGAGAACCUGAGAGGAGGCUGGGAGCAAAGGGCAACAUCCGCCAACACGCCUUUUUCCAGGAGAUCAACUGGGAGGUUCUGGAACAGCGGGCAGUGGAGCCACCGUUCAAACCCAGAGUGAAAUCCUCAAGUGACUGUAGCAACUUUGACAAGGAAUUUCUCAAUGAAAAACCUAGACUGUCUUGUGCAGACAGAGCGCUGAUUAACAGCAUGGACCAGAAUAUGUUCAGCAACUUUUCAUUUGUGAACCCUAAAAUGGAGAGGAUGUUAUCCUGAGAUCUGCCCUCCCUGGCACCUUCUUUGUCAAGAGGAAUUCUGUGAAUUGAUUUGAGUAACACUUCUAUUAACUGAAAGCUAAGAAUGGUUAACAAACAGAAGCACUCACCAGUGAAAGCUAAACCCGUAUUGUGGAUAUCCACCUGGCUGCAUCCUGUAGCAGAUGUCAAAGUACUUCACUAAUGACCAACUCUCUUUCUGGUCUCCUUGGAUCUCUUUCUCUUUUCUGGAUGCUCUUGAAUUUGAAGGCAAUAGAAAAGGAGCAGGUACAAAAUCCUGUUCACCUUAUUCAUACAUAUAAUCAGUGGGACACCUCAUGUAAGACAACUACAUUUCAGCCCUAGUGCUGCUGUUCAAUUUGCUACUCCAGUAUCUGACCCUGAAGUUCUUAUUCAGGCAAAACUUCCAUUGCCGGAUGUGUGUUCAAGAAUUAGGACCUCCUAGAAAGUUACCUUUCUAGGGAGGUCUCUUUGUACACUCCACCUGUGCACCGGCAAAAUUGCAUGCACAUGUACAGGCAUUUUGCAAAGACAUAGACAGGCCUGCACACAUUAAAACAGAGGUGGGGAAACUUUUUUGGAUCAGGGGUCGCUGACCCACAGAAAAAUCAGUCAGGAGCCACACAAAAGUGAGA